GUGAAAGGCAGGACAGCACUUCACUGUCUGUGUGCUAGGGAUGAUGUCAAUGAAAGCGCUGUCAAACUGUUGUUACAAAACGGAGCUGAUGUCAACAAGGCUGACGUGAAGGGCUUUACAGCACUUCACUAUCUGUGUGUUAGGGAUGAUGUCAAUGAGAGCGCUGUCAAACUGUUGUUACAAAACGGAGCUGAUGUCAACAAGGCUGACGUGAAGGGCGUGACAGCACUUCACUAUCUGUGUGUUAGGGAUGAUGUCAAUGAAAGCGCUGUCAAACUGUUAUUACAAAACGGAGCUGAUGUCAACAAGGCUGACGUGAAGGGCGUGACAGCACUUCACUAUCUGUGUUCUAGGGAUGAUGUCAAUGAAAGCGCUGUCAAACUGUUGUUACAAAACGGAGCUGAUGUCAACAAGGCUGACGUGGAGGGCUUGACAGCACUUCACUACCUGUUUGCUAGGGAUAAUGUCAAUGAAAGCGCUAUCAAACUGUUGUUACAAAACGGAGCUGAUGUCAACAAGUCUGACGUGAAAGGCUUAACAGCACUUUACUGUCUGUGUAAUAGGGAUAAUGUCAAUGAAAGCGCUGUCAAACUGUUGUUACAACACGGUGCUGAUGUCAACAAGGCUGGCGUGGAGGGCAUGGCAAUACUUCACCAUCUGUGUGUUGGGGAUGAUGUCAAUGAAAGCGCUGUCAAACUGUUGUUACAAAACGGUGCUAAUGUCAACAAAGCUGGCGUUGAGGGCAUGACAACACUUCACCAUCUGUGUGUUAGGGAAUAUGUCAAUGAAAGCGCUGUUAAACUGUUGUUACAAAACGGAGCUGAUGUCAACAAGGCUGGCGUGAAGGGCAUGACAGCACUUCACUAUCUGUGUGUUGGAGAUGAUGUCAAUGAAAGCACUAUCAAACUGUUGUUACAAAACGGAGCGUAUGUCAACAAGGCUGGCGUGGAGGGCAUGACAGCACUUCACUAUCUGUGUGUUACGGAUGAUGUCAAUGAAAGCACUAUCAAACUGUUCUUUCAAAACGGAGCUGAUGUCAACAAGGCUGGCGUGGAGGGCAUGACAGCACUUCACUAUCUGUGUGUUGGAGAUGAUGUCAAUGAAAGCGCUAUCAAACUGUUGUUACAAAACGGUGCUGAUGUCAACAAGGAUGGCGUGGAGGGCUGGACAGCACUUCACUAUCUGUGUGGUGGAGAUGAUAGUACUGCCCAAGUGAUGAUCCAUCGUGAUCCAGUGAACAUGACUGAAGAUGAUGAGAGUAGAAGACAUCAACGGUGUAUUUGUAUCUGCUGCUGAUGUAGCUGCAGUAAGAACUCAAUCCAUCAACACGUUCUUGUUGUCAACAAUAAUGAUUAAAUCCCUAGUGGUGGGUAGGUAAUGAUCAACAUAUGUUUAACCCAACUGGUGAUUCAUUCGUGUGUUUAUAUGGACACGUGUGACAAGGGAAGGCUUAGUGAGAUUAGGUACACGAAGCUGAGGGUCAAAUAAGUCCUCAGCAAAUGGCAAGACAGUAAUUCACUCUCUCUGUGUCACUUAAUGCCAACAAGAGCAAAUGGGCCAGCAUAAUGUUGUUGGAAAGGUUUAUUUCAAGGAUGAAACAUUGAAAUGUUUGUUUCGGACUGUAAAAAAAGUGUGUAAUUUUCAAGACAAGCAGUUAUAUUUAUAUACACAGUACAUACUAACAUUUAAAAGGCAAGCGUACACAUAAACCGAAACUGUUACGACUUCCGACAUUUGCAGAUUAUGAUCAGACAGCGUUGGACGUAUACGAGCCCAUAUCGUCAUGCACAUCAUGCGAUAUGGGAUUAUUGUUGCUACAUGUGGGACAACUGCACAAAGGCUACAAACUGACUAAUGCUGGCCUUACUAAUUCUGUGAAGUUACAUCAAGGCCUUCUGGAUUUUGUGUUCGUUUCUCUUCAUUUUUUUCUGCUCCGAGUCCUAAAAUACAGUCUGGCUCAAACAAUAAAAAAUGUAUUUAUUUCGUUAAUAUAUCACCGACCCUUGGAAAAAAGGAUUUCCCGUUUUAGUAAAACAAUUCCCUCUGUAUUUUGUCAUCUCUCUUUCGAGGAAGGGACGUACCAGUACCUAUUGGUUCAGUUUGUUCCCUUUUAAGCUCUCAUUACUGAGCAUAUGGACGCGAAACACACAGAGACAGAAGUGAGAAUGAGCAUGAUAGAUUGCUAGUUCAAUGUUUGAGGAGAAAUAAGCAUAUUUAGACAACACUGUACCAUCUCAUUCGGUGGGGUUGCUGCUGUUUGUUUAACAACUCGAACACAUCCCCGAGGGUGAUCUUUUUAUUCAGAUCGAAUUGGUGUGUUCAUUUGUUUUAAAUUAGUAUCUAAGUUCAUAUGGUAUUCGUCAAAACCAUGCAAGGAAAUUAGGUUCAUGUUAAUGUGAGGGAUCCCGAGUCAGAAUUCCCUAGCAACCCUAGCAGCCCUAGCAACCUAUGCUUGUCGUAAGAGGCGACUUAAUGGAUCGGGUGGUCAGGCUCAGUGACUUGGAUGAUGGCGUGCCAACGUACCCGACGACGUUGAUCGUUGCUCACAAGACUAGAUUAUUUACAUGCCACUGUCAUAGAGCUGGAAUAGUGUUGAGUCGGGUGUUAAUCAGCAAACAACAAACAAACAUCAUGUCGAGCAACAUUCCAGCAGCUCGAGCCUUUGGUGUCUAUAUUUUAACUUGGCUUUGCACGUGUUUGUGACAGAUGCCACCAGUGGGACAAGAUGGGCUCACCUUUUCGGAAACACCUGGUAUCGUCACUAUUCACUAGUGAUUCAUAAACACAUUCCUUACGAUAUAGUCGAAAUCGUACAAUGACUUUAACAGAUAUUUCGUAGGAUAAUUGAAAGGAUUUAGUCACUUUAAUCUACGAUUAUAGAAAACGUUUGCUUUUAUCUAAAUUAACAGGGUUGGUCAUACACAACAUAUUCACUCUCAAAUUUAACAACUGAAAGGUUUAACCCUCUGAAAUGUGAAUGCUUGUCCAAUACAUAUUUCACAUUGUGAUUGAGGGAAAUAUGUAAUAUUCGAUGUAUGAUAUAUUUUGUUUGCUUUUUUGUCUGACUGAAAAUAGUAUAUAAUAUAUGAUGUUUGUAAUAUACAUAGCUGGUUUUAUGGUAUGGCCUAGAGUCACGGGUCAGAACAUUUUUUUAAAUCUCCUGUUUCGUCACCACUAUGAUUUGUACAAUUCCAUUAAUGUUGAGUAUUUGGGGAAGUAUUUUGUUCUAUCAUUAUUCCUAUAGCGUCAUGAUGGUUAAAUUGUUUUGUUGUUCAGACUCGUUUCAUAUAAAACUAUGGUCGCUAGGAUGUAUCGUUGGCUGAAUGGCGGUUAACGAUUCUUAACUAGCUUUAGGAAUCUAUUUACUGACUAUGUCAUUAUCUAUAUUGAUGCCACAGUUGAUUUCAGGUAAAUUGUAAUUCUGUUUGAUCUAGUAGAUAGAAUGUCUGCCCGAGAGCAAAAGGUCGGUGAUACGAUCCCCAGGCAGUCAUUAAACCUCACCAGUAAUGAUUUUUUUUUUUUUUUUUUUUUUAAAUAUGUAUUAUUCAAUUCAGUAUAUGAUACUACAAAGUUAUACAUUGAGUAGCACGUCAUGUGGAAUACUUAUUAGGUGGAGGUUACAUACCUCUACAGUAGAUAGCAAAAUUAAGUUGGCUACAGGUGUCCUACAAUGUUUACAAAUGGUGAAAUGGGCAGGCUACAUUUGCCAUGUUUAUUAACUAAGUGUGAAGCUAAAUCCUUACAGUACAUUUGUGGAAAUUGUUCUUGUAAAAAAUUUUUAAAAAAUACGGACAUAUUACCCAGAAAACUCAUUUGCCAAAGUUUUCCAUUUUCUGUCAAACUGUCUUAUUGUAUUGUUUUUGUGUGCAAUUUGAUAUAUCAAUAAAAGUCUUCAGAAACCUUUCAAGUGAACAUUUCUUUUUCUUAAUACUUGAUACAAGUAUGUAUUUUUUGCAUGCCAGUAUGAUGUGAUUUAACAGAAUGUUAGAGUUGUACCCAAGUAAAACAGAGCAUUUUGUAAAUGUAAAUUUUGUGAACAUUUUGCAUUCAGAAAAAUUCGACUUUCGCCCCAAACCUUUUAACAUGCUUACAAUCCCUAUAUACAUGAAGUAAGAAUUCAGUAUCAGUUUCGCAAAAUGAUUACAGAUCAUCGAGAAUUUUCUUUUUAAACAAUCCUUUCUUUGUAUAGAUGAUGCGAUGAAUAAAUUUAUAUUGAAAUUCAAGUAAUUUUACAUCUUUUGUACAUUUCCUGUAUCUGAUAAAAACAUUCUUCUAUGAUAUAUCUAAGUCGAGAAUGGUAUCCCAUUUUUCACAGACUGUUGGGAGAUUUGCUGUAGUUAUAGUCUAAUCAUAAAAAUAUCUGGAGCCUUUAGGCGCUACAAGUAAGUCCAUCAAAGUGGUAUUUAAAUGUUGAUUAUAUAAGAUAAUGUGAUUAUUUCUAAAAGCAUCUUUCCAGGUUUUGGUAUGUUUAAUAGAACUUGGUAAUAGUCAAUAAAUGGCCUUUAAUUUGGUAUUUUCUUUUAAGUCCAUUGAAGGGCAUUAUAUCAUCUUCAUUACAGAGAUCUUUAAUAGUGUAAAUUCCCUUUAAAAACCAAUUUCUUAUAAUGAAAUCAGGUUGUUUUUUAAACUGAUGGUUACACCAAAGAGGUUCUGAUAGUACUUCUUCAAUUUUUGUGGAGUUAGUUUUGUGUCUUCUAUACAGUGUUCCCCAAGCAGCCAAAACAUUUCUCCUGUAAGGGUUAGCUAAGUGCAUACAUUUUUCAAUAUUGGCCCAAAGUAGGAAUAUGUUUUUGGGUGGGAAGAUGCUAGGGUAUUACAGUUUAUGUUUUGGAGAUGUUUUUUGGGAACUGACAGUUUUAGAGAAAUUAUAAAAGACUUUACCUCUAUCAUUCUCAGUCUGCCUUCGUCAUAUUUUCUAAUUAAAGUUGUUCUUUUUAUUCUGUCCCUUUUAUCAUUCCAGAUGAAUCUACAAUAAUUUGUUUAGUUCAUCAAUAAAAACACCUGGAGUGUUUGAAAGAGAGGAAUUUAUAUGAACUAAGUUGGUCAAGUCGAAGGCUGUGACAACAGUGAUUUUACCUAUCAAUGUAAAUUUCCCACCAAUUUCCUAAAAGUUGAUUAAUUAUUUCAAUUCUCUUCUUUGUAUUUAUUACGCACAGAUUAUUUAAGUUCGAAUUAAGCUUUAUUCCCAAUAUCACAAAGUCCCCACUGUGCCAGUCUAGUUUCAGAUCCUGACAUAGUUUGAUGUCACAGCCUGUCAUUGAGCCUAUCCAUAUUGGUUUUAUUUUAUCAAUGUUAAUUUUUGAUCCUGACAUUUUAUAAAAAUCAUUUAGGGUGUCAAUCACUGUACUUAAACUUUCAUCAGUCCAAUCUAGAAAUAUUGCAGUAUCAUAAGCAUAUUAUCCAAGUUUAUGUUCCACAUUAUUCAGUUUGAUACCUUUUAUUGCAUUAUUAUCACGAAUCAUUAUUCCCAACGUUUCUUGCAACAAACAGGAAUAGAUAUGGAGACAAUGGGUCGCCUUGCCUACAUCCCCUUUCGUUACAGAAGAAUGUAGAUAGGUGUCCAUUUUGGAUGAUGCAAGAUGAAGCAUUAUUUAUAAGUAUGUAUAUCCAUUUUCUUAUAUUAGGUCUUUUCCAGUGUCAACAUGGUAAAUUGUUUUGAAACAGUAUCAAAAGCUUUUUUCAAAGUCUAUAAGUAAUAGUAAACCAGGCUUAUUUUGUAAUUUUGUUUCACACAAAAUAUCAUACAGUAGUCGUAUGUUUUCGCUUAUACAACUUCCAGGGAUAAAGCCAGUUUGGGUUUCUUGUAUAAGAGUAUUAAGUGUUGUUUUAAUUCUGUUUGCUAUACAUGUACUCAAAAUUUUAUACAAUGAAUUUAAGAGAGAAUUUGGUCGCCAGUUUUUGAGUAGUUGGUUAUCUUUAGUGCCUUUGGGUAUACAGGUAAUGACACCUCUAUUCAUUGUUAGACUCAAAGUGUUAUUUCAAAAUGUUUCUGUAAUAUAUCUGUAUACCCAUAUUCCAAGAUCUUUCCAGAAGAAUUGGAAAAAAUCAACAGGGAAUCCACCAAUACCUGGGCUUUUGUUAUUUUUCAUAGAUUUUACGGCCUUUGUUAUUUCAUUCAUGUUAAUCAUGUCUUCUAAAUAAUCAAACUGUGAUUUAGUUUUGGUGUGUUAAGUUUGUGUAAUAAAUUUUUGGAUGAAUAAGUUAUUUCUCCACUUGAAGAGCAUAUUUCUCAUAAAAAUUUCUUUGUUCAGUUAAGAUGAAUUGUCCAUCAACUCCCCUUAUAAUACUGUUAAUCAGUGUACUGGUAUAGUUCCUGUUUUCAAGGUGAAAAAAAUAUGUUCAUAGUUUUUCUCCUUCCUUGUACCUAUUGGUCCCUUGAUUCUUCUUUUAAUUUUUCCAAAAGUACUUUAUAAUUAGACAUGUCUGACAGCUUUGAUUCACUCAUCAAAAAUGUUUCUAAAAAAGAGUAUCACUGAUUUUUAGUUUUAAGUUUAGAUCUUCAGUUUUUCUGGCUUCAUCUUUGGAAUAUUACUUUUGAACAUUCUAGCUUUGUUUUUCUAGUGUAUCUUUCACUUUUUGGAUAUAUUCAUUGUUAAACAGUAAAGAUGUAUUCAACUUCCAGUAGCCCACUGCGAGGCUACAACUUGCUGUUUCCCUAAAGUGGUAAGCAACUGAGAACUGCAUCACUUUACACUUUUCUCCCAUAUUCCAUGCUGUGACAACGCUACAAAAACGUGGCAUUAAACACAUCUCAUUCUCAGUCUAAGCAUCAGUAAUUUUGUAAUUUGAAGUUUAAAUAAUAUACUGCUUUUCCACUGGACGAUAGGUCGGUCACAUGGCCGCGAAAUUGACGUUCAUAAGUGGCCGCGUAAUAGACGUUUAUAAGUGUUUGAACGACACAAAUUGACGUUCAUCCUUUUUUCACGAAACCGUGUUCUUGAAAUGACGUAAACACUGAUACUUCCCCAUUCCCAGGGAAAUACUUGGGAAUUCCCAAGCACGAAUACAUGCAGAAGCGUUGUUUCUCAUCAUUUAGACCCUUUAAUCUUGAAAUUAGCGUUUUAGCAUACCUUGGGAUAAGUCAGAGAGAUGGCACGUCGCUACAACCCAUCCUAGAGAAGAAAUACACAUCCAAACAACCGUAGUAUCUACUCCAUCCGAUUCUAGGCUGCAGUGACAGUCUACAGCAUAAGGUGAAUGUACAUUGGUAUAUGUUUGACGUAUCUUUUCAAUCACAUUUCGGUGAUCGGGCAAAUGAUCAAUGAUGACUGACACUUGUAAUAGCCACAGGUUCCUUAAAAACUUCGGAAAUAUCUCCCUAACGUUUAUCGUGUCGGCCAUUUUGACGUCUUGUACUUGGUGUUAAUGUAUUACGACGCGCUGUUUUUGUGACUGACUUACUGAGGCAGUUCUCCAAUGGAAGCAAUCAAAUCCCCGGCCUGGGAAAUGUUCACCCACUCUUCCUGCACUUCUAGUGCCAUCUGUCGGAGGUUCUGCGGCUGUUGCUGACGUGCUCGCAGUCGUUGAUCCAGUGCAUGCCAUAAAUGUUUAAAAAGGUUUAAAUCCACGAGACCCGGAUGUCGCGAUUCCUCAAAAAGGCUGUUGUCAGUCUUGCUGUGUGAGGUCGGGCGUUGUCUUGUUGGAAACUGACGUUCGCUUUGAAUAAUGAGGAGGACGUGUGGCGGAAGAAUCUCAUCCGUGUAACGUUGUGCCGUUGAAUUACCUUGAACUUGCGCCGUAAAUCUUUCUGGCCAGUCUGAUAUAUUAAUUUUUAUUUUUUUUUCUGCGUUGAAAAACAGUAAUUUUCCCCGCUUUUUAUCGUACACCGAUUAAAGUACUGUGCGCCAUUUUUUUUU